AACAGAAGUAAAAGAGUGCGCGCAGCACUUUCUGGAGCGCCAAUAGUGAUACCAUCAUCUGUUAUGGGUUUCCCUGAAAUUAUAUAAAAUGAUUAAAAUCCCAUGCUUUUGGGCUAUAAAGAACAGAAGGCUUGAACGGUCGGAAGCACAAAAUGAAACUUCAAAACCUACCGAGGAACUCUGCCAUUGCAGCCCUGAAAAACGAGUUUCAUUCUGGGCAAUACCCAAAUAGUCUUCAGGGUGUUUCCGGAGUCAAACUGUGUGGUAAAGACUUCAUAGCAAAGUUACUUGACAGAAGAUGGACAUUGCCACAACCAGAUGCCAAAAUUCACCAAGUAAUGGUAUCUGACAUGCAAAUACAACAUGGAGGCGGACCAUUUGGAAAUCUCUCAUUCAUAAACAAUACUCAUCCAUCUUUGGGUGAUAGUAUUGUGGAAAAUAGCAAUCAAUGCCGCCCGUCCUUUUAUGUUGUGAGGGAUGAUUUGUUGCACCCACUGGUAAAUGGUAAUAAGGCAAGAAAACUGGAUGGACUGUUUCCUCUCAUUGAAGAUCAUUCAGUAACUGAUGUGGUUACAUGUGGAGGUUGCCAAAGUGCACAUGCAGCAGCUGUUGCUGUUUCAUGUGCGGAGAAAGGACUGACUUCACAUUUGCUUCUCAGAGGAGAACAGCCUGAAAUUCCUACUGGCUACAAUCUUAUUUCCAUGCUAUAUGGAAAUGUUACUUAUGUUCCAAGAUCUCUUUAUGCAAAGAGGGAGGAAAUGAUUGCAAGGCAUGCAAAUUUGUUGGCAGGCAGCAGCGAUUCUGUUAUACGGCUCAGCGAUAUCUUUGAGGCUUCCUUUACAGUCCCAACAUCUGGAAAGUCAGACUGUGAGCGAAUUAAUGCUCAUAGACAUGCUGAAAAUUCAAAAAAGGUUGUUAUUGUCAAUGAAGGCGCUGGAGAUGCUGUAGGAUUACUAGGUGUAAUUCGCCUUGUUCAGUAUUUAUCCCAGAAUCAUUUACUUGGAAAAGAGCAGGCCUUAAAAUUUGUUGUUGAUGCUGGUACUGGGACAACAGCUGUUGGUCUAGGACUUGGGUCCAUAUGUUUAGGGCUCCCAUGGGAGGUAACUGCGGUGAUGCUAGCUGAUUCUAUAGAUGGAUACAGAAAACAGGAAGAACGCUUGGUUUCUGAUUUCCGGAGGUGUUGUGCUUUUCCUCUUGUGGAUGAAGUCUUAAGCAGAGUGAAUGGUGGAGUUGUGCACUGGGUAGAACGUAGCUGCCCGAGAAAGUUUGGUAAUGUGUUGACAGGAGAAGUUAAGGCAUGCCAACAAAUUGCUCAGCAAACUGGUGUUCCAGUGGAUCCUGUGUAUACAUUAGCUGCUUGGGAACUAGCUACACAACUUGGCCUCGAGGCGGCAAAAGGAGGUGCAGCAGUAGUGAUGCUUCACACUGGUGGUACACUCGGCAUGUUUGGUUUAGCGCAGCGGUACAAGUCUUACUUCCACACACUCAAAAAUAAAGAACGGUGAAUAAAUUGUUCUCCAGAACAAAAAAAUAUAUAUACAGACAUUAUUUUCUACAUGAAUACUUUGAAUUAUGUAUUAUAUUGGAAAUGAAACUUGAUUUGUGCAAUGCAA